AUGAGACAGUCGCAAGGCUUUGAAAUUGGUGGCUCGGAGGUUGUGUACAAACUAACUAGGUCGCUUUAUGGUCUAAAGCAGACACCCAGAUCCUGGUUUAAUACUCUAAGGGCAGCACUAUACACUCUGGGAUUCUCCUCUACUAAAUCAGAUGUCUCCCUGUUCUUCAAACACACCAGUGAAGCCACAAUGUUCCUCCUUGUGUAUGUGGACGAUAUUAUCGUCACUGGAACUUCAAAAGAGGCUAUUGCCAAAUUAGUGCAACAACUUCACUCCAAGUUCUCACUUCGAGAUAUGGGAGAAUUAAAGUAUUUUUUGGGCAUUGAAGUCACUCAAACAUCUUGUGGGGGCCUACUACUGUCCCAGACGAAGUACAUUAAUGAUUUGCUAAAGAAGGCUAACAUGGGAGACUCUAAGGCUGCUGCUACCCCUAUGACUUCUAACUUGAAGUUGACAUCCACAGAUGGUGUGCCAUUUGAGCAUGUGAGCCUGUACAGAUCUGUUGUUGGAAGCCUCCAAUACCUCACUGUCACCAGGCCUGAAAUUGCAUUCUGCAUCAACAAAGUCUGCCAAUUUAUGCAAGCUCCGCUGGACAAGCAUUGGAAAGCGGUAAAGCGUAUCCUCAGGUAUCUGCAAGGCACGAGGACCAUGGGGCUUCAUCUGCGUAAACCUACUGAGUUGAUCCUUACAGGAUAUACUGACUCUGAUUGGGCCUCAGACAUUGAGGAUCACAAAUCCACUGCUGGCUAUUGUGUCAUGUUUGGGCCGAACCCUGUUUCUUGGUGCUCAAAGAAGCAGGCUGCAGUAUCUCGUUCCAGCACAGAGGCUGAGUACCGUGGCAUUGCCAAUGUGGUAGCCGAGCUGCUCUGGAUUCGAAAUCUACUUGGUGAAAUUCACAUUCUUGUACCUACCCUCAAAGUGUAUUGUGACAAUGCAGGUGCUGUGUUAAUGUCCGCAAAUCCUGUGCUUCAUUCUCGCUCAAAGCAUUUUGAGAUUGAUCUCCAUUUGGUGCGAGACCAUGUAGCCAAAGGGCGAGUCCAGAUUCAUCAUAUCCCUGGAGAUACUCAAAUUGCCGAUGUCAUGACUAAGGCAGUAAGCUCCUCACGGUUUGCAACCUUUCGGUCCAAACUCAAGAUUGAGCAACCUCAAUCGUUGAGUUUGAGGGGGGAUGACAGGAUAAUAGAAUAG